AUGGGUAACACUGCACCAGAACCAUCCUCCUCAUCAAGGCCCUCGACCGAUCUUCCUGAACUCAAACAUGACGCCGAGGCCCAGAAUCCCGCCCCCAAGAGGGCUUCGCAUUGGCAGCUGGUCAUCGAUCAGACCCAUGUAACCCCCGAGGUUUUGAACUGGCAGUACAAGGGUUCGGGCACUGAGGAGGAUCCCUACGCUGUGGAAUACAUCGAUCAUGAUAGACGGAAUCCUAUGGGCUUCCCACGAUGGAAGAAGUGGUCGAUCACCGUUGCGGUCUCUGUUGUAAAUCUGCAACAGACCACCUUGGCCGUAGCCUUCGUGUCCUCUGCAUACACAGGAGGUAUCGACCAGAUCAUCCGCGGCUUCGCGAUCGGCGAGGAGGUAGCGACCUUGGGCGUAAGUCUGUUCGUCCUGGGUUUUGCAAUUGGCCCUGUCAUCUGGGCUCCUAUGUCUGAAUUAUACGGGCGCCAAGUCCUCUUCAUCGGAACGUAUGCGAUGCUUACGGCAUUCAAUGCUGGAGCGGCCGGCUCGCAAAACAUCCAGACGCUCCUUAUCUUGCGGUUCUUCGCUGGCGCCUUUGGGUCUUCUCCCUUGACCAACGCCGGUGGUGUUAUUGCGGACAUGUUCCCCGCGGCGGAGCGUGGUGUGGCCAUGUGUGUCUUUGCUGCUGCUCCUUUCCUUGGACCGACUCUCGGUCCCGUCGUUGGAGGCUUCCUUGGAGAGACCGAGGGCUGGCGCUGGGUCGAAGGUUUCUUGGCCAUCUUCACCGGGGCCUUGUGGAUUCUCGGAGCCUUGACCAUCCCCGAGACCUACUCGCCAGUGAUUCUCAGACGCCGCGCGGAGAAGCUUUCCAAGAUGACAGGCAAGGUCUAUAAAUCCAAGAUAGAACUCGACCGCGGACCCAGGACCGUGAAACAGGAAUUCACAGUGGCUCUGUCCAGACCUUGGAUAUUGUUAUUUCAAGAACCCAUUGUCCUGCUUCUGAGUGUAUACAUGGCUAUCAUUUAUGGUACGCUUUACAUGAUGUUUGGCGCCUUCCCCAUUGUAUACCAAAUUGAGCGUGGGUGGUCCCAAGGUGUAGGGGGCUUGGCAUUCCUAGGAGUCCUGGUUGGCAUGAUGCUAGCUGUUAUAUAUUCUUUCUGGGACAACGCUAGAUACAAGAAGGUCGAGGCCAGAUGCAAUGGCAAUGCCCCGCCGGAGACACGUCUACCACCGUCUAUGCUUGGCUCAAUAUGUCUACCAGUCGGCCUUUUCUGGUUUGCGUGGACCAACUCCCCUUCGAUUCAUUGGUCAGCCUCCAUCAUCGGCACCGCGCCAUUUGGCUUCGGAAUGGUUCUGGUAUUCUUGAGUAUCAUGAACUACUUGAUCGACUCAUAUGUUAUAUAUGCCGCAUCAGCUCUGGCAGCAAACAGCGUUCUGAGAUCUCUGUUUGGUGCCGCCUUCCCACUGUUCACGACUUACAUGUACCGCAACCUCGGAAUCCACUGGGCGUCGUCAAUCCCCGCAUUCCUCGCAUUGGGAUGCGUUCCAUUCCCCUUCCUCUUCUACAAGUACGGCGAACCCAUCCGGUUGAAGUGCAAGUACGCUGCCCAGGCCGCCGCCGUGCUGGAGCAGAUCCGAGGGGGCGCUGCCGCCCGAGCCGCGCCGCCGCCACCAGUGCAAGCAGAACCCAGGGGAGAGGAAAAGGAGUCCGAGUCGCACACACCCGUGUCGCCUCAGCCCGAGCACGACAAGGAAUCAGCAGCGUGA